AAUUAAUUAAAGGUUGGUAAAGCCUAAAACCCUAGCAAGGAUUAAGGAGCUAUGAAGCGAACUCUGUUCUACGCUCGCAAUUUUCUUUUCUUUCCUCCCAAAUUCAACGCAAGCCAUAAAAUUUCACCCAUUCAACUUGCUUUUUCAGCUCGGCCGACAGUCAGGUUCUAUACAUCCGAGUCUGAUUCAUCCAAUUUUGCCCAAACUCAGAGCAAUAAUGGCGGCACAGAUGUUCAGGAUGUCAGCAACGAAGGUAACACUGAGCUUAAAAGGAGAAUAGAGAGGUACUUUGAGGGCGACGAAGAGGCCAUACCAUCAAUAUUUGAAGCCAUUUUAAGUAGGAAGUUGGCAGGGAAGCAUGAAGAGAGUGAUGAUGAAUUGAUGGAAGAGAUUAGACGCAAAAAUUCAGAGGAAGAUCAUGUCAAAGAAGAAGAAGAGUUUGAUUCCGAGCAAGAUAAGUAGUUGGAACACCACCUUAAUGAUUUGGUCAUUUAUAUUUUUGUUAGAUUUUGGUUCACGCUCAUCCUUUGUUUGUUUGGAUGUAUAAAUGUAAAAUCAUUAGGACUAGUUUUACAUAUUUAUAAACUUGCAAUUGAUUAUUUUGGUAUUUUUGUCUAUGGAUUUGGGAUACCUUAUGAUAUAAUUAGAGAAGUUGAAAGGGGGGCAAAGUGAACUUUUA